AUGAAUCCAUUCCAUAUUGACAAUUCAAUACCACCUCUUAAACGAGUUAAAGAGAGAUUAGUUGGAGAUGCAAUAUUAAAGGUAAAUCAAUGGAAAACUAUUCUACUUAAUGGAAUUCCUUAAUCUGAUGGUACUACAAUGAGAUUAACUCUCAAUAAGGCAGCUGAGAUAAUAGGAAUUCCUAAAAAAAGCUUAGAAGACUAUAAUUAACUAUUUAAAAAAGUUAAAUUGCUGACUGAUGUAAAUCAAUUUUCAAAUGAAAAAAUGGGUGUACUUAGAAAUUACUUAAGAAAAAAUUCGAAAAGACUCAAAAAAAUAUUAAAAACAUAGAAAGUUUAAGAAAAUAAUGAUUUUAAAUAAAAAAAUAAUCAUUUCGAUAAUAAUUCUACUUAAAUUCCAUUAGAUAUCAAAUAAGAUAAAGAAAAUAAUGAAAUAGUAUAGCAUUAAAUCUAAAAUUAAUCAAAUAAAAAAAAAUAAGAUGAAACUUCAAUAAUUAAAUUAGAAUUGGUAGAUGAUUAUUUCAAUUAAUUUGAAAAAGAUUAUGUAUCAGAUUUAGAAAGUAAUCCCUCACCUCUAGGUGUAAAUUUUAUAUUAAAAACUAAGCAAAUAGGUUGUAAUCAACAUUUUGAAUAAUAUUGA